AUGCGCGCCGCCGGUGCGCAUGAGAAUGAAAACUGCACUUUCGAGGACUCUGCCCGCGUCGCGAACGCAAAUUCGAGCGCGAGAGGAGCGUCGUGGCGCGCCGCGCACAGAGCUGAGUUCGCCCAAAGCGUCGCCGAGGCGCACGAGGCGACGGCGAGCGCGACGGUGAUCGAUUUCUUGGUGAACGACGACGCGCUGCUCGGACCGCGCAAGUGGUUGGGCGCGGCGGUGACCUCCACGGGCGAUAUCUACGGCGUCCCGAGUCACGCUCGGAAGGUUUUACACGUCGAUCCGAGGAACGGGACGAUGGAACUCAUCGGGAGCGAGUUGACGAUGACGCACUUUAAGUUUCUACGCGGCGUCGACGGGAAAAAUGGACACUGCUACGGCUUGCCCGCGUGGGGCGAGGGCGUGUUGAAAAUCGACGUCGAGACGGGCGAAACGAGCAUGAUCGGGGUGGGAUUAUAUAAACAGAUGAAGUGGCAGUGGCACGGUGGGUCGCUCGGGAGCGAUGGCGCGCUGUACGCGGUGCCGUGUAACGCUUCGUCGGUGCUCAGGGUGUGUACGAAGACCGAGCAGGUGAGCUUCAUAGGCGAGGACGUCAUACCGAAGAUGAGGAACAAGUGGUACGGCGGUAUCAAGGCCCCCGAUGGGUCGAUUUACGGCGUCCCUUACUGCGCCGAUUCCAUCAUUCGAAUUGUGCCGGAGACGCAGUCGGUGGAGUUGUUGGAGCUCAAGGGGGCGAAAUUGGAGCGAGACACGUACGCGUGGCACGGCGGCAUCUUAGCCCCGAACGGUUGCAUUUAUUGUUUUCCAUCCCAUCACGAGCGCGUGAUGAAGAUUGAUACCGCAACGCGGGAGUGCACGUUGAUCGGUCGAUCGCUCGGGGAGAAGCGGUAUAAGUUUGGCGGUGGAUGCGUCGGCCCCAACGGCGACGCCGUCUACGCGUUUCCGAGCGAUUACCACGCGGUGUUGAAGAUCGACACCACCACGGACGAGGUCUCCCUCGUUGGAGAGGGCUUACCAGGAAUGCUCCCGGAUCUACUGAACAAGUGGCAGAACGGAGUUUUGGCCCCCGACGGAUACAUAUACGGCGUCCCGUGCGACGCUCCGUCCGUGUUACAAAUCGACCCGCGCGCGGAUUCGUGCAACUUUUUGGGAUCUCUGGGCGACUUGCCCGAUAAGUACCAAGGUGGUUUUCUCGACAAGGAUUCAGGCGUCGUCUACUGCGUUCCAGAGAACGCGGAGAACGUCUUGAGAAUCUGUCCACCAGGAUCGACGCCGAAUCCGCCCGCGCGCGACGGCGCCGCCCACGACGCCAAACCGCGCCGCGCGUCCCCCCCCGACGCCUCCGAUGACCCCUAG